ACAGGCAGAAUGACCAUACUAUACGGCGCACAUUGGUUGGAAUGAUGUUACCGGACUUGAUACAAGGGCACUUGGAUUGACCACGCUGCGCGCUUUGCAUCUUGAAGUUUCAUUGAUAGUAAAGUGAGUAUUCUGACAUCGAUGCACGUCAAAAUCUUAUCAAAACAGAUCGACGGUGACUUGAAGUGUAGUGAGCUGACCGUGUAAAUUAUCCGUUGAACGUAUGUUUAUAUAUAUAAAUAUAUAGUCUAACGUUUAUAAGAGUUGUGGUUUGUCAUUCCGUUUUCCCAGGCCUCGGAUGGUUCCACGAUUUUUGUUGUUGCUAAACUUUCUAAAUAAACGAACUCAUUAUCGAUGUGGUAACACGAAUAAAAUGUUUAGGCCUAAAAUAUCAUUACAUCAAUUAUUAGCUUGAAGCAGUAGCGUCACUAGGGGUAAUAUCAUGUCAGGGGAUUGCACCUAAAUGGAAAAUUGCCAGUUGACAAAGCUCCGUCGACUAGGUUUUAUAAAAGAUCUAAGUAAAAUAGAGAAGAGGGUGUCACAAGAACUGGGUGUCACCAGAGAAUGGAGACUCAGAAGGGGAUAACACCGUGGGUUUCCCGCACUGGGAGCCAUCAACCCUUGUGAUGCCACUGCAGUGAAAGGGGGAAUUGGAACGGGCGAACAUAUGACUUACUUUAUCUGCAACAAAAAGAUAUAUUGAUUCCAACUUCGAUUGCUUAUUGAUCUAUGGUCAAUUAAUCCCUCUACAUCAACGUGAGACACAGCCAUUCAUGAAAUAAGAUUGAUUAUCGUAAAACAAAAAUCACCCUCAGCCAUUAUGGUAUGGAGCAAAUAUCGGCGUCUAGAAAUAUUUGAUAAUCUCAAUGGUCGCAACUGACGCUAUUAACAAGUAGUUCAAAAUUCCCGAAAUUUUCAUUUAUUAAUAAUAUUAUUAUUUAAACUGCUGAUUAAUCACCGACUCUGAAUCUCCAUGUGUGUUUAAUAUAUAAGUUUAUUCUUUUUUAACUUUUAAAUAGUUAGUAUAAUAGGCUUUAUACGUUGUGACUUGGCUUUCGUUUAAUUUCUUUAGUACGAAAUGCCUCAGGCGAAUCAAGUUUUUAUUAACACAGUGGAUCUUUUCUCAGCUGGAUAUUUUCUAGUGACAAGUGUUUCGUUAUUAAAUUUUCGUGUUUACGGCCAUCUGUUAAUUUUCCAUUUAUGAGUGGCGUAGUGCAGUAGUCGGCAAACUCAUUAGUGAAAAGAGCCAAAAAUCAGCAGCAAGACGAUUUUAAAAUAUUUGCGAGCCAAAUUUCUUUUCAAGACGCUGUCAAGAACCAUGUUUUUCGGAGUCAAAACCGAUUUGUGGCCACAUGCGGCUCGCGAGACGCGAUUUGCCAACCACUGGGCUUAGUGCUACCCGGGGCUUGCCAAGAUUUUGGCCGCUCUCACACAACGAAAAACUCAGCAGUUGGCCGAAAACGCCACCCAAUUUUUUUUUUAAAUUUCUUUAAAACAAAAUUUAGAAUUAAACUUUUUUUUUUAUUAAGUUGCUAAAAUAAAAGAGUAGCCUACAUUUUAAAUUUGUAACUUAAAAAAAUAAUAUUUGAUAGACUUUCAUGAUUUUAUCCUUCAGCUCACAAUUGAUGCUUGAAUCCUUGAUCAGAUCACUGAUAACAGUUAAAGUGAAAGCUCUAGAUAAAGAAUUCGUUUACAAUGACAAACGAAGAUUCUGGGGCUCACCCGUUUAUCUCGUCAACAACUUACUACUUGACGAAGUCCGGAUCUUAUAUAACAGACAUUAAUCCUGGUGGGCAUCGAGCAGGAGUUGGAAACGGAACACCGCAGCUUCGUCUGAAACUACAAGCCGAAGACAGGCGUUUUGCGAAUCAUCUGGGCCUGGGACACAACAACUUGGUCGACGAAACAAAUUUCUCACACACCAAGGACAGAAACUUUACAAAAUCUCCGAAUGGCGUUUACGUUAAUAAUAAUUAUGGAACGAAGUAUGAAAAAAUUGGACACACGAGACUUCAAGAUAAAGGUGAAAGUAACAGAACAAAGCAUGAUGGGAACGCUGGAAUCGAACAUAAAAAAGAAGUUGUACGGUUUAAAUUUUCUCAGAUGUCAGGCCGGAGCAAAUACACGCUGUUGAUGUUGGCUAUUGCAAAUUUUGGAGCUGGGUGUGGAUUUUCCCUACCAGCACCAUUUUUUCCGAGAGAGGUACGUUUUUCUUAUUGUUUAUAUAAGGGAGGCGGUUAAAAGGGGAUUAUGCUUCACAAAAUAUUCCUAAUAAAAAUACUAAAAUUGAAACUUCAGUAGCUGCAUGAAUAAAUUAUUGAUUAUUUUAUUACGUUUUGAUUUAAAAGAAUCAAAAUCAAAUGGUAAUUUUAUAAGUUGUAUUCAUUUAAAUUAGAACCUUUCAUUAAAAAUUAACAUGAUCAUAGAUUUAAUAAAUACAAAUUCUCUCCCUUUAUUGUAUUUAAUUUAUUAAAUUUCCCUCCCUUGUUUCUGUUCUUUUUUUUUUUCUUUUUUUUAAUUUAAACAUAAUGUACAGAUCUUAUUAAGUUCCUUAAAAUCUUGUUCGAUUCAAACGACUCGCAAAGAUAUGAUGUGUAAAACGUGGGGAAACUGCUUAAAAUUACUUUUUCUUAAUAGGGGAAACAAGUAGUAUACAGUAUGGCAUACGGGGAGACUUAACAUUGUUCAUGUGGGUUAACAAAAGGUUUUUGAAAAGACUUAAAGUUAAAUCUUUGUUUUUUUUUAAUUGAGUGUUGGAAGUGUUACACAUAUUAAGCAAGUAUAAUGUAACAGAAUUUGCCUCAAAUCUAAUGAUGAUGAAACCAGGACAAUGGUUGUGUAUUAUGACUGUAGCAGACCAUAUCCCCUGUCCACUAGUUCUACAUUCCACUAGCUCAGGACUAUCUUAUUCAUUUCUAGUAUCUUUUGUUACAAUUUUUUUUUAAAUUGAUUAAAUAUGAAUUUUUUUUUAAAAUGUAUUGUCUUAGAUGAGAUUCUUAUUAACUGUAGAUUCCAAAACCCUUUUCCAUUCCACAAUCUAAUACUAUUUUUUUUUCUUUAACAUAUUAAACAACUGUUUAGACUUCAUGUAAAUUGUCCUAAUUUUUAUUUUAUUUAAAAGUUGCUCUCAAACUAUGUAUAUUGAUACCAGUAGUCAAAAAAUGGUUUAAACACAGAAUUAUAUUUCUCAUAACUUUCUUAUGCUAGCUGAAAUUACAAAAAUUAUUUUUAUAAAUUUUAUGAGAAAAGUUAAGAUAUGUCUGGUCCUAAAUCUUUUAUUUUUAAAUGCUUGUCGUCUUGUUAUGAUCUAACAGGCCACCAAGAAAGGAGCCUCACAAACAUCAAUAGGACUUGUGUUCAGCUGCUACCAGUUUGUCAACUUUAUAGCUUGUCCCAUGUUUGGUAAUUAUGUAAGUUCAAUAGUAACAAUAAAAAAAGUUAAGUAAUAUUGUAGAAACAGAAUUUAAACUGCAUGUCUUUACAGCUUUGGUUUUAUGAGGAAGUUUAAAAUUACACAGUCUAAAAUUUGCUUGGUUUAAUUUAUGUAGAAUGCCCUAGAUAAAUUUGUAAAACACAAUUUUCAUUAUGUCAUGUAGGUACCUGGUAAUGUAAAUUACACUUUGAAUAUAAUAUUGUUAGUAAUGUUAUUGUACCACUUUAGAAAACUUCAAUUGUAUCAGUAGCCAUGAAAUCUAAUUCUGACUUUAAAAAAUUAAAAAUUAUUUUAUCUUAAUUUUGUUAAUUUAACCUCAUUAGUUGACCCAGAUUGGUGCCAAGUUUCUGUAUGUGUCUGGGAUCUUGGUUGCUGGAAUUUGUACCAUAUUGUUUGGGUAAAGCCAGUAAUUUAUUAUCAUACACUUGUUAUUUAAGCUCUUAUCACAUUUUCAGCUCUGAGCAUUUAGAUAAACAGCUGUUAUAGAAAUGUUAAGGAAAUUUAAUUUACUCUGUACUUCUUUCUAAUAGGAAUUUCUUAUCAGAGAAGUAUGAUUUAUUUUCCUAUCUGAAAUAUUAUCAUUAUUAUUCAUUAUGUUUGCUACUUUUUAAAAAAAUAAGUCUGUAUCUUAGUUUCACAUUUUUCAAAUAUUUUAUUUGAUUUAUUCCAAAAGAAAAUUGUCUUUCAGCUUGGGAGUUUCAAUCCACUUCUUGGCAAUCAUUUUAAACCACACUUUACCAUGUCUUUGAUACAAAUCUUAAUCUUACUAUACAUUUUUAAUUUGAAAUAAAAUAAAAAUGAUAUUAAAAAUAAAGGAAGAGACAGAUUGCAUGUGGUAGGUUAUCAUUGUGCUAUUGUUUUAUAUGCCAAAAAAAACUUUUACAAAAUGUAUGCUGGUCUGUAUUACUAGCUUUACUGAUAAGAUGAGUGUACCCUAGUAAUGUUGCAUUAUUUGAUUUGAUUAUCAGAUGAUCUACUUAACAAUUUGACAUCAACAUGAAAUAUCCAUCAGGUUUCUAGACCAGGGCCCUUCAGGAGUAAUUUUUAUUGUCAUGUCAUUUGUUGUACGAAUGGUGGAAGCUCUAGGUGUCUCUGCCUUCUCAACAGCCAGUUUUGCCAUAGUUUCCAACGAGUUUCCUAACCACAUUGGCUCAGUAUUUGUAAGUUCAGCUUUAAUGUCUUUAAUUACACUGCAAUUGAUUUUAUUGAUUAGGGUCAAAGCAAAAGGGUAAAAUAUUAUUUGAUCAAAAUAAGUUAUAUCAUUUCAAAAUGUAAAAGAAAAAAACAAACAAUUUAGUUACCGGUACUUUAGUACAUUUAAAAAAAAAAUAUUUAAAAAAAUAAUUUUCCAGCGGAAUUAUUCUGUUAAAGAAAAAAAUUUGUUUGUGUAUUUAAACACAUAAAGAUAUAACUAUUUUGUUAUUAAGUUAUAAUUAAUGGGAUUAAAAUCUUUAUAAUUUAUCAUAAUUUAUUUCACUGAAUUGUGUAUCAAAGUACAUUUACUUUUAGGCCACACUGGAAACUUGCAUAGGUAUAGGAUUAAUGAUUGGACCAACGAUUGGUGGAGCGCUUUAUCAGGUAAUAUUAUAUAUCCACCCUUUAAAAGAAAUGGCCUAAUUUUUGUUUUCUUUAAUUUUGUAUGACCAAAAGUAAAACUGGGGGAAAAAUUUAUGUUUUUUGGCUAUAAAAAGUACCACUUGAGUUUUAAAAAGUUCACAAUUGAAUCUAAAAAUAUGUUAAGUGCUUUAGCUAUGAUGAUAUCCACAAUUAGACGAUUUACAUGAUACAUAAGUGAAAUGCUGUUUCUUCAAAUAGGUACCUGAAAGUAAUAAGAACUUUUGAUCAACUUGAAAGGACUGGACUUAUCUGUUUCAAUAUGAUUAUUUUGUAUAGACAUAUUCCUUGUAAACAUUAUAAAUUUAUAUGUAUGUUUGUUGUUGAAAAAACUCCAUUGAUAACAAGUAAAUCAAUAACACUUUGCCUCCAUCUUAUACAUCAACAGUUUGGAGGAUUUGGUUUGCCUUUCUGGCUGAUUGGUGUCAUUAUCUGUGCCAGUGGCCUGGCAAUAUGUACCUGUUUACCUAAACCUCAAGGUGAAUGACAGCCACAAUUUAUUUUAGAAUAGACACUUCAUAAACAUUUUGCUUCAAAUCAUUGUUUUAUUUAUAAAAAAUGUAAAUAAUUCUGAUCUGUUGUGACAUUUUCUGCAUGUUUCUAUUUAACACAGAUAACAAUUUGUCAAGAAAGGGCUCAGUUUUCUCCCUUUUGAGAAGUAUGAUGGUGUGGGUUACCCUUUUAUCUAUCCUAGUUGGUGCCUGUGGCAUUGCUUACCUGGAUCCAACAUUGUCAGAUCAUCUGGAUCAGGUAAUAAACUUAACAGAAGAAAAUAAUUGGUAGUAAAUCUGGUCCAUGCUAAGCAUACCUAUAUAAUAUUAUGAUCAUCUCAUUUACAAUAAUUGGACAUAAUAAGCAAUCAACCUCUUUAUGAUAGAUUUAAAGAUGAUGUAAUGUACUUAUUUAAAAUAUGUAUUAAAAUUCAAAAUUGUGAUGUCUAUAUGAUUUUGUAUGUUGUAGGAUGCUCAAUUUCUUUCAAACAAAAAUUUUUAGCAUAAUGUAACUGUUACUCUAUACCAUUAAAAUGUUGUGUGCUACUUGACAAAUAAUAUAAUAUUUGUUACUAUUUUGUUUUAUUGCAUCAAAAUGUUUACUGGGUAUUUAAAUGAAAAUGAAAAGCAAGAUGACUAUGUCUUGAACAUGCUUAGCAUUUAUCAGAUGCAGUUUGUUGAGUUUGUGCUAUUAUUAUUUAUAUUUCAUUUUAAUCUAAAAAACUUUUAAAUGUGGCAUUAAAUUCAAAUAAAUAAGUACACCAACUCAUUCUGCACCAUGUUUUAAUUAUAGUUUGGACUGUCCACUUUGAGUGUUGGCCUUUUCUUUGUCAUUGCACCUGGGUUGCAUGCUGUUAUGGCACCACUAUGGGGAUACAUAAGUGAUACAAAGGUAAUGGUUGGUUUCUAUUUUGGUCUUAUAAGGGACAGAUCUAAGGUUCAGAUAAAUUAUUGUAUUCUGCAGAACAAAAGAAAAAAUCGGUCUUUUCAGAUAGAAGAUAAUUUUUGUUUGUUACAUUCAAACCUAAAUUCUAAAGUAAAUCUAGUAUAUCUUCAAAUAAACCUUUCUACACACUGGUACAUAAUUCUGUACAAACCUCAAAAUGUGUACUUACUGUGUAAUAAAUUUUAAUAUGUCUUAAAAAUAUUAUGUUUAACUAGAAGUAGAAGGCUACAAAAACAUUACUAUGAAUUUUAUUCCAUUUCUUCUUAGGAUAUUCAAUCUCCCUUACUCAUAACUGGCAAUUUGGUUUGUGCAAUAGGUUUCUUGUUUGUGGGACCAACACCCUUGCUGCCAUUUCUGCCUAGGUAAGUGAACAAGAGAUUUUUGACAUGUGUACACAUAUCUCAGGUAUCUUUAAUUAGUUAUUAUGAACAAUGAUUGGGGAAUGGGGGGUGUGGAGAGAGAGGAAACCAUUUGCUGUUCUGUUUUUCUUUUCAUUACUGAUAAACUGAACAAUGUGUUUUUAUGUGUUUUUUGUAUAAAGGUAUUUUUAGUUUUUUUUUAAUGCAUUAAGUUCUUUGAAUUUCUCAUAAUCUUUUUUAGUUUUUCUUUACUAAAUUCUUCCAAUUUAUUUCAAGACUUUGAAAUUUAUGCUAAAUUUUGUCUUACUCAUUUUCAAAUUGGAAUAAAGAAUAGGUAGUAGAUUUAUUAUCACCAAUAGAUGUAUUUACAUACAUCAUGCUUCUUCUACCUUCAACUUUUAAAUUUUGUUUCCCAAACAGAGAGCUGUGGACUUCCACUCUUGGGCUAAUCUUGUUUGGCUUUACAAUAGGUUGUUCUAUUGUGCCCACAAUGAAAUGCCUGGUCAUAGGUGCAAGGUUGGUAUUCAAAGAUCAAUCAUUUCUUUUACUGAUUCUUGACUUUAAAAAAAAUAAACUAAAUAGUAGUUUUAAAGUGGAAUCAACAAUUUUCUUUUUUUUUUCCCUUAACCCCCAAUUUUUUUAAUGGCUGAGAUUCUAGAAUGAAAAAAAAAAUGUUGGUAUUAAACGGAUUAAUUUACAUCUUUGACAUUGCUUCAUGUAGAAUUUAUGCUUAAACAUGAAGUGACUUUUCAUAUCUUUCUUGUGUUAAUUUGUGUAUUUUUUAUACGAUAAAAAUGAUCCAACUUAUGGAAGACUGUAUAUUUUAUUGUCUAAACAUGUUACAGAGAACUUGGAUUUCCCGAUGGCCUAAACACAUUUGGUCUUGUAUCUGGUCUCUUCAAUUCUACGUUCUGCUUAGGGUCAGUAUUGUCAACAAUUAUAAUGAUAUAAUUUUUUGCAUUCCUUUGAAUUUCAAUGUACCAUAUGAGAAUUAGGGCAAUAUCAAUAUAAUCUAAUUUAAAAAAUAAUAGAUUAUAAAUAAAUUUAAAUUAACUACUUUGACUUGGAUUCUACCUUUAACUUUAAGGCUUUUUGCCAUGGGUGGGAGUUUGAUAUCUCCAUAUUAACUGCCAUCUGGUGAUAUUUUAGAAAUACCAAUUUGUGGUUCACAGACACCUAAAAGAAUAUAUUCCAAUGUCUAGCUCUAAUUGAACGAAAUAAGAAAAAAUUGAGUGAAAAAAACACCCUUAUUCAAGAAAGAAAUAUUCUUACACAAAAAUGUGUCUUCUAAAAUAUCUUUGCUUACUGCUUAUGUGAAACCCACUGUCAGCCCCAUCAUUAUGAACUUCCCACUACUUUAUUUCUAGAGCCUUCAUUGGACCAACUAUAGGUGGUGCUCUUGUAGAUGAGAUUGGUUUCUAUAAUGGAUCUACAAUCAUAGCUGCUUUAUACCUGUUUGUGGUAUAUUUAAUUUUGAUUCAAAAUAAUAUGAUAUAUUCUAUUUCAUUUAUAAAUAUUAAUGGCCUUGAUGCCCCCACCAAUCUGGCUAAAACCUACUUACUAGUGAUGGGACGAUACCAAAAAUGUUAACGAUUCCGACACGAUUCCGAUUCUCCCCAAUUAUCCCGAUUCCGAUUCCUGGCCAUUAUUACAUAUAUGUAUUGCUGUGCCCAGGUAUUAACAUAUUUAAUUAAUAUAAAAGUUGAGAAUUGAUUAGAAAAGUUUAUUAACUUGCUAUUACAAUAUGCUAGAUAACAAUGUCUUGGAAAGGUUUUAUACAUGAAACAAACUUUGAGCUGUCACCAGCUUACGGCAGUUAAUCAGUUACGAAUCGUUUUGGUAUCGGAAUUGGGUCUGAAUUAUUCAGCUCCGAUACCAAUUCCGGAUGCUUUGGAAAAAUCCCGAUAUUUCGAUUAUUCCGAUACGAUUCCGAUUAAUCGUCCCAUCACUACCACUUACUUAUAUGUACAUAUUUUGAAGUUACAUUAAUUUAUAAAGAUAAUAAAGUAUUUUCUUUUCUAUUUAAACUCUAAGUUACAAAGGAUAAUUAGUUUUUAUUGUCAAUAAAUUAAUAUUUGCUUUCACUUGCAAACUGAAUUUUUUUUAUUCUAUCAGAUGAUAGUUACGUCAAUUUUCUUUGGGAUCAGAUAUUUGCGCAGACAUCACAAAAAUCACAACAGUAUUCUCAGUGACAACCAUCAGCACCAAGACCAAGAGUCAUCUCUUUUACAUAAGAGUUACAGAGACACUGAGAAAAAACCUCUGCUAACAGAGAACUCACAUCCGCAACUGUCAGUGACCAUGGAAAGUUCAUAUUCAUCAGCUUCAUACUCACAACUUCAUAUAUAUCAAAAAUAAAUAUUCUUUGAUUUAUUAAUUUAUUAAAGGGAAUGUGAUUACAAAUUAUUUUAAUUUUAUUUUGAUGUAAACGUGAGUAAUAAAAAAUUUAGGAGGUUACAUUUGUGGUUACUAUCAGAAUCAGAACCUCAGAAGAAAGCAUCCACUAUCUUCUUGAAGGGAACUACCAAUGAUAUGCAGUGCUAUGGUAUAAAGGACAAAUAGUUAGGCCCUACAAAAAAAAAAAAACAAUAUAUUUCUUAGUGCCAUACAUUCAAGGACUUUUUCUUUAAAGGAAUAUAUUAAAUUUUUAUUUGCGAUGUAAUAGUAUUAAUAUAGUCAAAUCAUAACUAUUGUGAAGUGUUAUGUUUAAGGAAGUUCAGUGGAGACAUUUAGUUGCCAAUACCCUGAAAUUUCUAGUUCUUUUUAUUGAUCAAUUGUAAAAUAUUGAAACACAUUUUUAUGAAAAAAGGAACGCAACAAAACAAAACACGUUUGCUGACACGUUUGUUGUUAAUUGCAUUCCUUUUUUUCAGGUUUGACCAUAAUUUCUUUUACUCAUUUCCUUUUUUGUUAAUCUGAUUGCU